AUGGCUCGACUGCGCUUGGAUUGGGGUUUCCUGUUUGGUGGACCUCCUGUGCUACUCUAAGCCGGCAGCUACAGGGCCUAUGAUAAGGCCUCGCAAGACCAAGACCAAGACCAAGACCAAGACCAAGACCAAGACCAAGACCAAGACCAAGACCAAGACCAACAAGACCAAGACCAAGACCAAGACCAAGACCAAGACCAAGACCAAGACCAAGACCAAGACCAAGACCAAGACCAAGACCAAGACCAAGACCAAGACCAAGACCAAGACCAAGACCAAGACCAAGACCAAGACCAAGACCAAGACCAAGACCAAGACCAAGACGAAGACUAAACUGAAGCACAAUCAGAAGCACAAUCAGAAGCACAAUCAAAAGCACAAGCAGUAGCACAAGCAAACGCACAAUCAGAAGCACAAGGAAAAACUCAAGCAGAAGCACAAACAGAAGCACAAGCAGAAGAACAAGCAGAAGCACAAUUUAAAGCACAAGCAGAGGCACAAGCAGAUGCACAAACAGUAGCACAAGCAGAAGCACAAGCAGAUGCACAAACACAAGAGAAAGCACAAGCAGAAGCACAAGCAGAAACAGAAACACGAAUAGAAGCACAAGCGGAAGCACAAGCAGAAGCACAAGCAGAACCACAAGGAAAAGCACAAACAGAAGCACAAACAGAAGCACAAUCAGAAGCACAAGCAGUACCACAAGCAGAAGUACAAGCAGAAGCAAAAGCAGAAGCACAAUCAGAAGCAUAAGCAAAAGCACAAUCAAAAGCACAAACAGAAGUACAAGCAGAAGCUCAAGCAGAAGCACAUACAGAAGCACAAGCAGAAGCACAAGCAGAUGCACAAGAAGAAGCACAAGAAGAUGCACAAGGAGAAGCACAAUCAGAAGCACAAGCAGAGAAGCAUAAGCAGAAGCACAAUCAGAAGCACAAGCAGAAACACAAUCAGAAGCAAAAUCAGAAGCACAAGCAGAAACAGAAACACGAACAGAAGCACAAGCGGAAGUACAAGCAGAAGCACAAGCAGAAGCGCAAACAGAAGCAUAAGCAAAAGCACAAAGAGAAGCACAAUCAAAAGCACAAGCAGAAGCACAAGCAGAAGUACAAGCAGAAGCAAAAGCAGAAGCACAAUCAGAAGCAUAAGCAGAAACACAAGCAGAUGCACAAGUAG